UAGGAAAAGAAAAAGGAGGGAGGAGGAGGAGGUACCACACGUAGUUAAUGAGAUCCCAAGUAGGGAGAGAGAGUGGGGAGGCAACAUCACACACUUGAUGCUUUGUUAUAAUAAUUUGGUGUACCUCGAUGCACCCUUUUCCCAUGUGAAUCCACGCAGUCAUCUCCCCCACACCUUCCCGUCCUAAAGAGCUAGCUGGUCUUUGCUCCUCCUUUAUUCUCUAGUACUAGGGAGGUAGGUUGCCUCCUUCGUCAACCUUUGUAGUUUGUGUAUACAUCUUUGUGGGAGAGAGCUAUUUUUCCAUAUCCCAUAGGCCCCUCUCGUUUGCCUUCCCCAUCGCCAAUUCAUUUCCCUCACAAAUCCUAGUUCCUCGACAUCCAUCCUUCGCCCUAGCCUCUCUCUUUCUCCGAGGCAAAUAUAUAUAGAGUAGCGAGUUGGAGAGUCAAGAAAGUAAGCGAAGCAUGGACAUGAGCCCGGAGAUCGAUGCGUGCGACACCGGUCUUGCUCUUGGGUUGGGCAUCGGCCGAAGGAGCACCCCGUCGUCGGCCAAUUCCCGUCGCCUGCAGGAAGCCUGCUCACCUCUCAGGAGCUCCAUGCCACAGAAGCAGCCAUCGCUCACGUUAAGCCUCUCCGAUGACGUCGACGGGAGCGCAACCUUGCUCAGGGCUGAAGCGAACAAGCCGUCGGAGGAGGGCCGUCAGGCGCGGCCGUCGUCUCCCCACAGCACGGUCUCAUCCUUUUCCGCUGCCUACGGUCCGACGAUUAAGAAGGAGAAAGACGUCACGGAAGCCGACGAGGAAGCAGAGGUGGAGAGAGUCGAUUCUCGCGGCGGUACCUGCGACGACGAUAACGAUGGCAGUGCAAGGAAGAAGCUUAGGCUCACGAAGGAGCAGUCGGCCCUGUUGGAAGACCGGUUCAAGGAGCACAGUACGCUCAAUCCUAAACAAAAGCAUGCAUUGGCCAAACAAUUGAAUCUCCGGCCACGGCAAGUGGAAGUCUGGUUCCAAAAUAGGAGAGCACGGACCAAGCUCAAGCAGACCGAAGUUGACUGCGAGUUUCUGAAGAGGUGCUGCGAGUCGCUGACCGACGAGAACCGGAGGCUGCAGAAGGAGCUGCAGGAGCUGAAGGCCCUCAAAUUUGCGCCGUCCGUCUACAUGCAGUUUCCGGCGGCCGGCCUCACCAUGUGCCCUUCCUGCAAGACGAUCGGAGCCGCCGCCGACGUCGGCCCUAAAGGCGGCAGAGCCGAGUCCUUUGUGGUGGCGCCACCGAAGCCUCACUUCUUUAAUCCUUUCAUCCACUCAGCAAAAUGUUAGCCAGCAGUGACUAUGACCCCUCUCUCUCUCUCUCUCUAGACCUUGGGAGUUACACUUGAUACGUGCUUCACUUCUUGGCAAUUCUCGCCGGUUACCUGGUUUUGGUUGAGCAAGCAAUUGCGCUUUCUAAAUAAGAAAGAAACAAAGAAAAACUCCCUCGUAAUUUCCUUCUACUGUAAAGCACUAUAGGUAGACUAGUUAACCCAUGUCCCUUGAUCGUCAUAUGUUCCUCGGUCUUAAUCAUUGUAUAGAAGACAUGAUUCUCAUUUGCUUUCUAUGAUCCAAUCGUGGCUCAACUAUAUAUGGUGUUGUUUGUUUACUCG